AUGAAGCGCGAUAAUGGCUUUCCCGAUGAAGGUCCUGCUCCUAAAUUCCGUCGGAGUGACGACCCAAGCAAGCUUCUUCGGGUCCUUAUUCCAAGUCGUGCAGCGGGUCCUAUUAUAGGGAAGGGUGGCGAAACUAUUAAAAAUUUACGUGCCCAGGACGUUUUGACGGCAAAGAAUGCCGAUCCACGGUUGUUGGAAGGCCGGAAAGAUGAUGAUGGCAAUGAUCUCGAUCCUGAGAAGUUGGUUGAUCUGCGUAUUUUGAUUCACCAUAGCCAAGUUGGCUCGGUGAUUGGCAAGAGUGGUGAUAAAAUAAAAGAGCUUCGCGAGAAGCAUCACAUGCAAAUAAUUAAGAUAUACCAGGAGUUUGCUCCACGUUCUACUGAUCGUGUUCUGCAACUGAUUGGCGAGCCUGACAAUGUUUACGCCUGUGUUGAAAAUAUUAUGGAAACUCUUGAGUCGGCGCCUCCUCGUGGCUACCGAAAUGACUACGACGCAAAUAACUUUGAACCGGAACCGAUGGCCAUGUAUGAUCGUUAUAUGCCCCCUCCUCCUCCUUACGGUUACGAUGGGCCUUAUGUUGGCGGCCCUCCGCCUCCUCCACCAUAUGGCAUGUAUGACGACCGAUCUUACUAUGAUCGCGGGUAUUCUAGGCGUGGGCCCCCUUCCAGCGGCUAUCGACGUGAGUGCUAA